GAUUGUAACGUGCCCAACAAGCAACGAAGUCCCUGUGCAACUACUAAACUUGCCUUCACCGAAAACGUGCCAUCUGGUGGUAAGCAGAUGAAACAUAAAAUGAACCUGUUUCCAACGGCUGCCUGUAUGUGGCUCGUGGCACACCUCUGCGUCCUGCUGACAGCCGGCGAUCACUUGGUCGAGUUCGUGUCAAAUUACCAACAGAAUGCUGAGAUUGAUUACUCGUUUCGGUAUUACAUCGAUCAUCCGCCUUCCGGGGUGUCGUUCGAUCACUGGGAGAAUCGAAAGGGUGACCACGUGCACGGCGGUUACGGUGUGCUGGAGCCGGGCGGAUUCGUACGCACCGUACACUACGAGGUCGACGGCGACAGUGGCUUUCGGACGGUUAUCAAAACAACUGCGCCAGGAAGCUCUCAGCAGUACAACAUACACACCGGAGGGAAAAGGACGCCUCCUCCGCAGCCACUUUGGAACACCAAACCGGUCGCUUUCGUGCAGGGCGUCCAUAAAUCGUAGCCGAGCCCUUGGAUGCGACGAUACUGAGCAUCUCGCGAGCUUUACACGCGAUCCCACCGUUCCUUUGGUUUGGGACAAGUUGCAUCAUAGUAGGAUAAAUCCGUGUAAAGCCUUGUUUUGAACUAUCCAGCUGGAAGAUGAAUAUUUUAGAGUUUACCAAUGUUGUCCUCUUCUGUUUGACACAGGCCAAUGCUAGUUGAUAAGUUGUGUGUAUGUUUUCAUGCUAAUAAAUUAGAUGUUUCUGACUACUGCCUCGGAAACGGAAACCGAAAAUA